AAAGAAAAAAAGAAAUUGGUUAAAUAAUUGUGAGUGAUGGUGAAUUUUAGUUUUAUGUGAUCUUUCCUUCCUUCAUAGUUUAUUUGGGCCGGCUCAAAUCCGUAACCCGAACGAGGAAGGGCAUAAAAGUCAUUUAAAAAGUCUGAAAAAUAAAUUAAAAUAUUUAUAUUAUAUUCCCGAAUAAGGGCAAAAAAUUAUUAGCUUUUUAUAUAAUAAUCGGGGGGGAGAAGGAGAUUCUAUCAGAGAGGGCCCACAAUAUGUCUGUUAGUGACCGGGACCCACCACCGCGUAGCGUCGACGUUCACGGCUGCGACCGCCUUUACCGUGCACUUACCGAUUGCCACCGCCGUAUUCCGGCCGGUCCGUCGCGCGAGGCAGCGUGCCGCCACCUCAACCGCUCUUUCGCCGAGUGCCUGGUGGGGGUGGCCUGUCCUCGUGAGUCCGACGCAGUCCGCAGCCUCUGCUCCAGCGGCGGCACCGCCCUUAAGCGUCGCCAAUGCCAGGAAGCGCAGCUAUCUCUCUCGGCCUGCCUAUCCAGUCAUCAAACUGAACUCUGAGAUUCGACUGUGUUUUUCAUCGCCUGCGAUCGAUCUAAGAGCCAAUUCGUUCUCCUUCCUGCCGAUUCCCCUUUGAAGGAGAGACCAAUUUUCAGUCUACGCAGAUUGGUUGUACGUAGCGCUUCAAAGAAUGUACCUUGUUGAAACGUCACCGUUUUCAUACUUUUA